AUGUCCCGCAAUACAAUUUCCUACGACAGUGCCAAUGCAAAGGACUCCGAUACAUACCUCAUUAAAGCCAAGUCCCCCCUUAUGACCCCGCCUCCGAAGUCAGUCGAUUGGUCAGGCGGUGAACACACUCUGUCUACGCUCAGCACGCUGUUCCCGCUCGCGCGAACCUGCGGCUCGUCAGCAAACACCUAUCCACGUGCGAGUCUAUCAGAGUUUAUCGUGGAAGGCUUCAUAUUCUUGGACAACAGAAGUCCAUUGACGUCCGGAAUCUUCGGUGCUACUCCCACGCACAAAGGGCGCAAUGCACUACGACACCCCGCUGUCCAUCGCAACACCUACAACGUCGAUAUGGCCACAACGCCUGCGUCGUCCAACGUUACCUCAGCAUACGACAUAGUCGUGAAGGCACUCGAGGACAAAAACGCAGCCAACGCGGCCCUCGCACAGGCGCAGUCCGAACUGAAAGACCUGAAGGAGACGCUUGCGAGGGCGAGGAAGGACGAAGAUGUCGCCAACGAGAGGGAAUACCGUUUGAUGGGCGACCUUCGCGAAAUGGAGAAGAAGGUCGACGACCGGGAAUCGCAUAUUCUGCAGGUCUACGCUCUUCUAGACAGCAUCGCUGUCAACUGGAAGGAGGACCGUGAGCACGUACUGAAGUGCGCGCAAUGCGAGAACGCCGCAACUGUCCGGUUCAUGGACUGCGGUCACACGCUCUGCACCCGCGGAUGCGGCGAGAAGGUGUGCGCAAACUGCCACCUGAACCUGCCAUCCGCAUCCUGCGAUAACCACGUCUGGGACCACGCCUGCCCAGUCAUAGACUGCGAUACCCCCGCAACUGCAGUCGUUCCGCUGACCGGUUCUCAGGCGGCGACAGCUCUGUCUGGUUUGCGUCCGUUUCUAAACAGGGUCGUCGACUACGUCAACGACAAGGCCGGCGAGAUGACGGUCAUGCAGGAGGAGCUGGAUCAGAGGAUGGAUGACGAUUAG